AUGCGGCAGCUCAAUCUUCCUUCCUCCGUCUAUGGAGUCACGGAGCAAGACAGAGCGUCGGAUCUCGGUACGCACGUAAUAGUCUCUGUAGAUCCAAUGGCGGAUUUUUUUCUGUUCGCUUGGAUCAAUGUCGAGUCCACCUCUGGAAACGGGGCGGUGGAGAGUGACGGACCAAGCAGUGAAGUUCAUGAUGCACGCCUAACUCUGCUGCAAACCCGGACCCUAUUAGUUUAUUCCAAGCAAGCCGUAUUCCUGACCAAAUGGGGAGCAAACAGCGACGGGUUUUGGGUGAUAUAUACCUUCGAACAGCUCAUGCCAAGCAGCGUCGAGCUCAGGACGCGGCUCCCCUGCAAAUGCGUUGCCGUGAAUCCGAACAGGGAAGGGCCUGCGCUCAUAGUGCACGGCGUCACUAUCCGCAAUCGCUGGGUCGCUCUACAAUUAGCUUGCUCGGCGCCUGAGCUUGAAGCUGGAUAUGAUUCAACGCUUACAUGGAAAGAGGUCGUGACUAUUUGCGCAGGCAGUAUUUGCGUGGUGGCUCGACGGCAUCCAGCCAUAAAAGAGGCCAAGGUACAAGAAGCAGAGCACCGCAUAGGCGAAAGCGAGAAACGUGUUGUGCGAGCAGACAUUGUGUCUCCAAGAUUGCGCGGAUGGCGACUGAGGCAGCGGUCCGGAACUACACUUCGGCGUGGAUUCUACGCGCAUGAAAGAGGUUUUGCAUCAAAGACCACAAACUUGCAACGAUCACCGGAAGAAAGGAGUCUCAUCAACGUCCCACCUUUCGCACCGAUGCAAAAGUUCUGCUGGGACAAGCUCUACCGCAAACACGUCGUUAAGGCGGCAAGAGAAGGUCUAUCUCACAUUGGGACCCACGUAUGGAUAAAGACUCUUGGACCAGGAUUCGCAUAA